AUGCGUCUCGAGUGCGCCGUCAAUGCAACUGUUACGGACUUCAGCAACCUUACUCGUGUUCAUGCGCACCGGCCCAGAACAGCCAGAUAUGCUCAUGCCCUGUGCAUGCCCAACAACGUCUUCAGCGUGUACCUUACCGUGUCAACGUUCAUGCGUCAAUGCCUGUCGAUCGACUUCGAUGCCAUUUUUAUGUCAGAUGACCUGUUCAAGAACCUGCUCCGUUGCUUGCCGGUAUUAUUAUCGAACCAUCCAACGUCUAGCUCAUGGACGGCACCUGCUACCUCUCGAAUACCACCUGUCGUCAUUACUCCUCAAGGAGGUCCUGGCUGUACGAACGAUUGCAACAAUAAGUGCAGUUCGGCUUGUCUGUCACAACGAUACAGUACUGCCCAGUGUUCGUCAUCCUGCCAGGCGUCAUGUGGGAAAGUCUGUAAUCAAUUAUCGACAACGGUGAAACCUACGCAGGCACAAAUCAAAAUCGAAGUGACGUCCGGUUGCUUACCCACCUGUAGCCAAGCCUGUCAGUCAUCGUGCAACCCGACAAUUUCCUCCGCCGAAUGCCGCAACACCUGUGAUACGGUGUGUGCAGAACUCUGUCCAGGAGGGCCAGCAGUGACAGUGACUGCUCAAAACCCAACAACAAUAUCAGCAACAACAGCAACAGCAGCAACAACAACAACCACGUUACCUACGCCAACACUUCUGACCACUGAAGUGCCCCUGAAAAUCAAUAUUCAGCUAGCUCCUGACAACGAAUCCCCUGUUGCCAGAACUCAUCUAACUCAGCCGAUUUCCCCUGAAUGCCUACAACAGUGCAGCAUGGGUUGUCUGCAGAGUUGUACCCAACGGACGCCCCCACCACCUGAAGGAUGUGGUGCCUUCUGUAAUGCCACAUGCGUCCAAGUCUGCACCCCAUCAGAACCAUCCCAAAUGACAGCUAAGGAUGUGUCGACCUAUCCCGUUCGAUUGGAUCCUCAGCAGAGAUGCUCGUCCGAAUGCCAGUCUGUGUGCCAAUUAGCUUGUAAGAGUCAGACAUCUCCUAGUCCUUGUAUGGACACUUGUGCUCCUCAAUGUGAUCGCGCAUGCUCCUCUCCUCAGAUUCAACGAAACUCUGCUGAACUUUUCCAUAACAACUCGAUUAUCCUACCUGCUCCAGUGACAAAGCCCUUAGAGCUGACGCCGCCUGUUGUAACGCCAAUGAUAGAGCCACUAUCGUUGACUCCACCUCCGGUGAAGGUUACUGAACUCUCACCAUCACCAUCACUCGAAACGACCACACUUCCCCUCAAGGUGAACAUCAUUUUGGAACCAGACACAACGACGUCUACGACGUUACGGUUCAAGUCGUCGACACCGAGUUGCCCUGUGGAAUGUGCUAGAUCAUGCAAGAAGCAAUGUGUCAACAAUCCUAACGAACACUGUGAAGAGCUUUGUAGAAACGAAUGUAUCCGGGCUAUCUGCCCCUAA